AUGCAGGUUUUACUCUGUCUGGUUUGUGCCUUUGGCCUUUUUGGUCAGUAUCAUCCAGCACCUUUACCACUGGAAGAUGAUGGAUCGGUGCAUCCGACAAGACCUGCUCAGAAUGAUCUGUCCCUGGCAACAAAAUACCUGCAGAAAUUCUACAGUUUCCAAGCAGUUCCUACAGGCCGCAGGAGAAGGAGUCGUCCCUCGUUCUCUUCCAAACUGAAAGACAUGCAGAACUUUUUUGGGCUGAACAGGACAGGAACCCUGAACCCAGACACCCUCGCUGUCAUGAGGACUCCUAGAUGUGGCGUCUCAGAUGUGGAGGAUUACAGUCACAGACGUGGAAACAGGUGGAAGAAAAACAUCAUCACUUAUGGCGUUGGGAGAUACACCAGUGAAUUACCAGUGAAUACAGUGGAUGCUCUGUUCGCGUCGGCUCUAGAUGCAUGGGCAAAGGCCAGCCCUCUCACUUUCCAGAGGUCAUAUUCUCACCAGGCGGACAUCAUGGUGGAGUUUGUUGGAAACGAACAUGGCGACUCCUUCCCCUUUGAUGGUCCAGACGGCACACUGGCCCAUGCUUUUGGCCCAGGGGAAGGCAUCGGUGGGGAUGUUCAUUUUGAUGAAGCUGAAACAUGGACGGCUGGGUUCAAAGGGUUUAACCUGUAUGUGGUAGCUGCACAUGAGUUUGGUCAUGCACUUGGUUUGAAACACUCGCAAAACCCAAAUUCAGUGAUGUAUCCGACAUACAAAAAUAGAAAAACACACAACCUGCUCUCCAGUGAAGAUAUCAUGAACAUCAACACACUCUAUGGGCCAAGGGACAAAAGGCCCUAUCCAUCUCCCAGAUUUAGCUGGAGCUAUCCCAGCAACCCCUGGUACAGUGGUUCAUAUUUCCCUGUGUCAUUCAAGGACACAUGUAAUCCCGAUCUGACUUUUGAUGCUGUGACUACUGUAGGAGAAGCCAUUUUCUUCUUCAGGGACAAAUACUUGUGGAUCAAACACAAUAAUCAAAAUGAUAUAAAGGAAGGUCCCAUCAGCAAUUUCAUGCCAAAAAUUGAUUGUCAGAUCGACGCUGCUUACUGGGUCCCACAGCGGUCAACAGCAUAUCUGUUCAACGGGACAAUUUUCUGGACUGUGAAAGGAUCCCAAGUAAAAGGCAGACCGAAAAACAUCAGCAGUCUGGGGUUCCCGUCAUGGGUACAGCAGAUAGAUGCUGCAGUCCACAUUCACAAAACUGUACACACUCUAUUCUUCACCCAACACCAGUAUUGGAGGUAUAAUGAACACAACAAGACAAUGAAUGACUCAAGCCCACGUAACAUUACUGAUGAUUUCCCAGAAAUAAAUGGGCCCAUAAGUGCAGCAAUUUAUAAAGAUGGUUCUCUUCAUUUCUUUGUUGGCUCAGAUGUGUAUAAAUAUGACGUCAAACAAAAGGAAAUUAUUGGAGCAGAUAAGACAACUUCCUGGCUUGGAUGUUAA